UUUGAAUCCUGUGGUGUGGAGUACGCGCGUUUUUGGAUCUUCAAUAAAAUAUUUCAAAAAAUAGUUGAAAAUGCGGGGUGUUUUUUUAAAUUUUGUGGUUACGCUGUUAUGUUUUGGAGUCACAUUUUCUGAAGUUGGGUUCUACAAAGCCGGUGUGGUGGUGAACCUGAAAAAUGGACCUGAAGUGGAGAGCUUUGACCGUUACAUUGAAGAAGCUGGCAAAAUGAAACUGGAUAUUCUGAUGCUGCCGUCUUCACAGAACGAGGGUCAGAGGUCCUCCAUUCAGAAACGUGAUGCUAAUCAUUAUGACAACAUGAUAAAGUCCAUCUCAUCAUCAGCUCGCUCAGCCAGGGUCUACGUGAUGGCUCAACUGGAGGAGAGCGUUAGAUGCAACGAACAGUACGAGGUGUUUGAGAACAAUGUGGUGUUUGAUAGAGAUGGCAGGAUGGUGUCUGUUUUCAGGAAGCCCGUCAACCUGAUCAACAGUUGCAACACAACGCUGCCAGAGGUCGCUGAGUUCUCCACUGACUUCGGCGCCUCGUUCCAACAUGUGGUUGAGGAGGACAUCCUCAGGAGUAGCCUGGUUGGUGGGAGGAACUACAUCGGAGCGGGAAGAUGGGAGGAUGAACUGCCGUUCCUGACUGCUACCCAGUUCCUCUCAUCAUGGGCUAGCUCUGCUGGUGUGAAUCUUCUCUUCAACUCUGGACUCUUCAGCAGUAGCGAAGUUAAAGUAGUGUCGCUCGACGAUGGAAGUAGUUUAUAUGUAGCUGAGCUGCUGAAAGAGCCCAAGACAGGCUCACCACCACAUUCCCUUCCCUACCCCGCCCCCUCUAAGAUCUCCAAGCACGAAGACCUGAGCCAGUACAGCAUGAGGCCACUCGACGUGGAAGCAGCAGCGAGGGGGUACCGGGACACUGUGUGCGAUGAGGGCUUCUGCUGCGAGUUCUAUGUGAAGAUUGGUGAGCCCUCCCAAGCUGCAUCAAACUACUCACUCGCCGUGUUCAGCGGGGCUCGCCACGGCGCCCGACACAGCCUCGGGGUGCAGACCUGCGCACUGCUGGCGUGUAGCAGCCGCAGCUGUGUUGUUGAGCCGAAAACCUCCACCUCAAGUGUGUUUUUCGAAGAGAUCCACGUGUCUGCAAACUUCUCGAAACAAAACACGAUCCAGCUGCCAACGUCCCUAGCCUCAACCAUCUUGCCACUUCCACAGGAUUCCUACACUUUUGAAAGCAAAACCGCCGUCGAUAAUACCAUCACUGUCACAAUGAAUCUUGAAAAACCCAGCCAAAUAAUCACUUUCGGUAUCUUUGGAAGAGAUUUUUCCAAUGAUAUCAGCAUUGUCUCAUCAACUCAAUACUCUGAUAAUGAAAGUGAUGGCAUAUUCAAUGAAGAUCUCAUCGAUUACGUUUGGAUCAGGUUGCGAGUACUAAUUUUCAUCGUCUCUAUUUACAUUUUAGAGAUGUUGUAAAUUUAGUUUUUCGUUUCACCAGUGAAUUGCAUUUUUUCUUUGUUAGUUCUAAGCAUCGAUGCAUGUACGGUACAAAAUAAAUUUAUGAAGGUAUUCUGUCCAGAUAUAGACAGAUGUUUAUGUUUAAUUGUGUGGUUAGAAUAGGUGGGCUUUAAGUACCAUUUAAGUGUACCAUUCUAACAUGAAAUUCAAUAAUACGAACCCGUGUUUCGAUAAAUUGAGAUUUAGUAUUUAUUUUACUAUCUGUUUAAUCUUCUCUGAGUGAUAGAUUAAUUUCAAGAACAGUUGGAAUAAUAAUAAUAUUUUUCAACAUAACCAUCAUAAUUUGGUUACUUAUAAGAUGGGAGUUUAUGUUCUUCAUAUUAAGUAUCUUAAUUAUGUUAUUAAUCUAUGAUAAUUUUAGAUUUAAGAAGGUACUACAAUUUUAUGUCCAACAAUAAUUAAUUGUUAAAGCAAAUUUACGAAUGUAUACGAUAGAAACGUAAGAAUGUUGAAAUAAGUAUGUUUGGUAACGACUGAUAAACAAAGGAAUUGAAAUUUCAUCACAAAACUUUCCAGUGAUUUUCUUCCAAUUUCUUUGCUCAACUGUGAUAUUAGUUAGUUUAUAGCAUGAGUUUUGUAUUAAUAAAGAGUUUUCUAAUUUAAA